AUGGCUCCAACGCGUAUCGCCCAAGGCCUUGCUUCUGCUGGUGGCACCUAUUUUGCUCUUUUCGGGCCUGCUGUUCAUGGUCAUCAGAGUCGUGGGAAGAGUUCGGCCGCAAAAGCCUCGAAGAAUGAGAACAACCUCGCGCCCCUCCCUGCGAUAGAGAAGGGCGGUCCCCGCCGUCUGCGAGUCAUCGUUCCAGCGGAUGGGCCGUCGCCAGAUCUCUGCAAAAUGCUCAUGUCCGCGCUUGUGUCCGAAUACCCCAGCCCAGUCAUUGUCAACUGGGGCCGCGACUUUCAUAAAAGUCCUGGCUGGUUCGGGGGCUCCCACCUCGGAAAGAUUGAUGGCACACUGGAGUUUCUUGAUGCGAUCACUUCAGACAGGGCACCUAAAGACGAGCGACUCGGUGCAGAUGACCUCGUUCUUGUGGUUGAUGCCUACGACUUGUGGUUCCAGCUGCCGCCCUCUCUGCUUGUUCGCAGGUACAUGGCUCAAAACCACGCUGCAGACCAACGCAUCCUCAAGGAAUGGGGUGUGAGCUCAAACUCCUGGUUUUCUUCAACCUCCAACAAAACGGACUUCAUCCCGCGACAAUCCAUUAUCAUCUCGACCCAGAAGAAGUGCUGGCCUGACCCUACGCUCGGCGCUGAUCCCCACUGCGAUGAGCUGCCAGAGUCGUCGGCACGGGAAGACCUUUACGGCCCGCACACGGACGAGGACCCCGAGCAAUUCCACGACGUCCGCCCGCGCUACGUCAACAGUGGCAGCUUCAUGGGUCCUGUUGGCGAUAUGCGUCGCAUGCUUCGCCGAGCUCAGGAGAAGGUCGAUGAGAAGCGCGCGGCUGGUGUCGAUAUAUUCAGUGAUCAAGGUAUCUUUGCGGAGAUGUUUGGAGAGCAGGAGAUGUGGCGUGCGUCUAAGCGACAAUAUCGAGCCUCAGCGAAGGAAGACCCAUCCAGAAUCUCCGAAAUCGAGCUUGAAGCCGAUCGCUUUGAGUAUGGCAUCGGUCUGGACUACAUCCAAGACCUCUUUACGCCGACUGUCUUUGAGGAAGACGACGGUGAAUACGUCGUUCUCAGCAACGAAACAGCUCUUCUCAAAGCGGCUGAAGACCGGGUCAUCAUCCCUCCUCGGGUCCAUGGUGUACCGGAGGAUAUACUGGGUGUCAGAAACCCCAUCUCAGGAGCCGGAGUCGACACUGAAAUGGAGUGGUCUGAGAUGCCGCUCUACACGGACUUUUGGAGUACGUCCGUUCCAGUUAUUGUACAUCACAACGCCCACCGCAAUGGCCUAAAAGACCACAGGCUGUCGGAAUGGUGGAAAAGAACGUGGUUUUUCCCGCACCUGCGACGACUGCUUGAGAUCCAAGGGCAACCCAAGAAUCCGAAGCCUCUGCUUAAGAUCGCCGGCCAGCAUGGCGCCGAAGAUCUCGUUUACUGGGCACCUCAGGCGGAUGAAAACAAGAGAAAGACUCGCAUCUUUAACAACGAGAAAUUGAAGGAGGAGGGCCUUCCUGAGUCGGACUGGAAUAGUUUGUGCAUCAAUGAAGGCCAUGAGGAGUGGUGGAAGGAGAUGUUCCAGGAUGGCAAGGGGCCUCUUGAUAAGGAACAUGUUGACGAGGAGCCCGUUGACGAGAAACCCCAAGAGUGA